AUGACCACUUUUGAACGCCUCUUUGGGACGGAGCCGGCAGCCCGCCAAGGCGCCCAGUCGCCUGGCAGAGACCGCCCGGCAGCAAUUCUGCCGACUGGCCCCUGGGCCGACGAAGCCCCGAGUCGCCCGGCGCGGAAAAGCUGGCCGCAGGCGAAGGGUCUGGAAAAUGGCCUCUCGAACGAGGAUUCCGCCGACAAGCUUCUGGGCACGCGGAAGAAGAGGAUCCAGGAGCCCGGAUUCACUCCCAACCUGGGCGGCGCGCUGUCUCCCCGGAGUCAGGGCUGGUCUGGAAGCGUGAGAAGUCCAAGUCCGAGGACUCCAUUCGGCGACUUGUCGGAGACGCCGGAGAAGGAGUGGCGACCGCUGCGGAGAAGGCGCCCGUCCAACGACAAUGGCACCGUGUCUUUGCCGCCUUGGGCGAUGCCAGGCAGCGCCGCCUCGCCACGCUCGGCAUCACCCCGAUCGCCGCGCUCCCCACGUUCCCCGCGCUCCCCGAACGCCUCGCCGCGCUCCCCGAACGCCUCCCCGCUGGCGCUGGAGAAGGAUCGGCGUGUGACGUGCUGGAGCAACGGCUACGACAUCGAUGCUUACAGGUACAUCAAGAUCUUUCCAGACUCGAUCCAGUAUAAGAGCUGCUCGGCCCUACAGCCGACGCGCAGCCCCUCGCCCAGUGAGGUGGAGAAGGCGGAGCAUGCCGGAAUCUGGGGUCCGGACGGCUUGCUGAGGGGCGCCUGCCGCCGUCGCAUCUCUCCCAAUGCCAGGGGAACCAUGAGCUCCAUCGCCUUCACGCCCCCGCCCUCGCCGGCAACGGAUAUCGGCAGCCCCACAACUUCACCUACGGUGGGUGCAGACAAGUUGCAGGGCCUACAGUCCAUGGGAGGAGCUCAAGGCCCGUUUCCAGUUCUUGGCGGCGUUCCCCGCAAGCGCAUGGCCCAUGUGCCACCGAACACCCCGAGCAACGCUGGCGAGGAAGCCACUCCUUCUGACGCAUUUGGGAUGCGGUCACCGCGAUUCUCCUGGUCCUCCGACAUGGUACCAGAUCGCCGCAGCGUGCAGCAGCAGGUGCUGCUGUCUCGGGUCUUGCGUUGGGGCACCGCUUAG